UUUGGAAAGUCGCGGCUGAUGCGAUUUCAAGAGGGGAGAGUUAUCUCAGUGUGUUGGGUGAUGAAGGAGUAGCAACUAACGGCUUCUCUUGUCCUUGUGAGCUUUAUACUGUCCUGGUAGUCACUAGGGUUUUCGCAGCUAGAAACCAUCGUAUAGUACAUCGAUACAUUGAACCUUGUUUCUCUCUCGUUUCCUUGACACUGGAGAUGCAAUUCAGCGGGGAUCAGAUACAGAUUACUACACAAUAUAACAGUGACAGGUUGCUUUUCAAGUCAGUGAAAUCCAGACCCGGUUGCCGGGAUAUCUUCUAUCUUUUUUUGUCGAGGUUGAUUUGUUAAGAAGUUAGGCUUGGCACCGGACAUCUAGUUGUAAUGCUCCCUGUUGUUGCCGGCACCUCUAUCCGACUACUAUCAGCUUUACAGUCAGCCGAUUAGUGUAGUGUCACCCGAGGCUUCAGAUAUAGAGACUCUCGUCAAAACAUGAUACGGCCAUCCGUAGAUUUCGGUCACCAAAUCUGUGUCAAAAACUGACGAGGUAUUAUCCAUCUACUAAUUGGACCAGAACGGUGCUCAGUCUCGGUAGAGUAAGGUCACACAGAACGUGGACAUCAAGAAUCGAAAAACAGGAAGCAGUGUGGCGGGGAGAGGCUCUUUAAGUGGACGUGUGUUCCUUCAAACUGGAGUGCUAUUCUUUUUACGCUCAAUCGGCUCGUACGAUGCUGAUCUGUGUUGUGUCUUUUUAGUGUGAAAUAUAACAGCAAGCAUCAUGGGGAACAAAACGAGCGAUUUUAUGGAGUAUGAAGACUUUUACACCAUUAACAAUACCUUCCCUCAUGUAAUGGACCAACAAAGUCGAAUCAUCUGGAGUGUUUUUGUUUCAGCAAUUAUUCUAACCGCUGCUGGUGGAAAUCUCAUCGUCAUUUGGAUUGUGUCAACUGAUCCGCGCAUGCGUAGUAUCACUAAUUACUUUUUACUGAACCUAGCCGUUUCUGAUACCCUAAUUGCAACUUUAAGUAUGCCGUCAUUAUUUAGUUACAUCGUCACCCAGAACUGGGUAAUGGGUGAGUUUAUGUGCCGACUAGCCCGUUUCAUGGGCACCGUUUCGACUGUGGCUUCUGUGUUAUCCCUCGUUGCUAUUUCCAUAGACCGGUAUCGGGCCAUAGUUCACCCAUUACUGCCCCGCCUCUCUAAAACAUGUAUUGUGUGUAUGAUUAUAUUCAUCUGGAUUGGAGCGAUUUCUUUUGCCAGUCCACAGUUCUUUUACUCUCAACUCAUCACAUUUGGAUACAGUGACGGUGAUAUAACGCAGUGUUAUAUUAUUUGGCCGGAUGGAAUCCAACGAGAGUACGAAUUCUGGUAUAAUGUGACGUCAUUCAGCGUAGUAUACUGCGUACCGUUAUCUGUUCUCGCUAUGUGUUACACCGUCAUAGGAGUAAAACUUUGGCGUAGUGGUGUUCUGGGGGAAUAUAUUCCGAAUCGUGCGAAACACAUCAAAGCAAAACGAAAGGUUGUGAAGAUGAUCAUUGUGGUGAUAGCAGUGUUUGCAACCUGUUGGCUACCUCUUCACAUCUACCAGUUCUUAUCCUUUAUGAGUGACUCUGCCUACCAAAAGAGCUAUUCUCUUCACAUCUACCUUAGUGUCUGGACCCUUGCUAUGAGUAGCUCCAUGUAUAAUCCAUUUAUCUACUGCUGGCUCAAUGACAGGUUUCGAGCUGGCUUUAAGCGUGUAUUCCGCUGUAGUCAAGGCACGUCAGAUACACGACACAGUCAGCGACAGAGCGGAACGCCAAUGUCCCCAACAAGCCGCAUGACGUCAUCAACUGGAUAUCAACGAACCACCAAUGUUCUUGGAGUCAUGUUUGACCCUGCAAUGACUAUGUCCGCGCAAGUUUCAAGCAUCAUCAAGACUGCCAACUUCUACCUCACUAACAUCGGCAGGGCCCGCAGACUACUGACUGUCGACGCAACCAAGCUUGCAGUGUACACUUUGGUCACUUCAAGACUCGACUAUUGCAACAGUCUUCUGAUUGGAAUCAGCCAAAAACUCAAAAGGAGGCUAAAUAAUGUGCAACGAACAGCUGCCAGACUCAUCACAAAGAAACGCAAGUUCGACUCUAUCACCCCGGAACUCAUCACACUACACUGGCUCCCAAUCAAACAAAGGAUCGACUUCAAGGUCAUCGUUUUCAUGUUCAAGGCCUUACAUCAACAAGCCCCUCAUUACAUCAUAGACAUUCUGCAAGUUGGUGCUGAACGGAGACUCCUUCGGUCAAACAGCUCCUGUUCACCAUACUUUGUAGUUCCAAGAACAAGUCACAUCACUUUUGCCGAUAGAGCCUUCUCGGUAUAUGGACCCAAACUCUGGAAUAAACUCCCCAAUCACAUCAGGGACACAACAUCACUCAACACAUUCAAGGCACUUCUU